UCUCUCCUUUUUCUUUUUCAUUUUUUUUAUCCUUUAUAAGAUUCCUUUUUUAUCGGAAAAUCAAUCAGAUAUUUUCUCUUUCAUUUUCCGUCAUCUACUCUUUGCAUCUAAACACAGUAGUAGGCUGAACUCUGAAAGGAAAUAAUGGAGACUCUUCUCUCCUUGCAGUUUCCUCUUAUUACUUUGUUAAGCUCUCUAUUAUCGCAUUUUUCUUCGGAAAUUGAAGCUGCGGUGGUUGAUCUGUUCGUAGGAGUAGCGAUUUUUUUCUUCUGGUUCGGUAGGAUCGAGGUAGCUAGGGUUUUGACUUGGAAUCCAUGGGGAGAGGGAAGAUCGUGAUAAGGAGGAUCGAUAACUCGACGAGUAGGCAAGUAACGUUCUCGAAGCGGAGAAGCGGUUUGCUGAAGAAGGCGAAGGAGCUUUCGAUUCUUUGCGAUGCUGAGGUUGGAGUUGCGAUCUUCUCCAGCACCGGAAAACUCUAUGAUUACGCCAGUUCCAGACCGUUUAGAUCUAGCAGUUUGAAUGGUUGGAUUGGAACUUCUAAGCUCAUCCCAAGAUUGAUCUUCAUGCAAAAUCAGGGCAUGAAAUCAGUGAUUGAUCGAUACAACAAAACAAAAGAGGAGCAUAACCCCCUUGGAAGUUCAACCUCUGAGAUUAAGUUUUGGCAAAGGGAGGCAGCAAUGUUAAGGCAACAAUUGCAGAACUUGCAAGAAAGUCACCGGCAAAUGAUGGGAGAAGAACUGUCAGGUAUGACUGUCAAAGAUUUACAUAGUUUAGAGAACCAACUGGAAGUUAGCCUCCAUGGUGUCCGUGCAAAAAAGGAACAACUUUUAAUGGAGGAAAUACAGGAACUGAAUCGAAAGGGGAACCUCAUACACCAAGAAAAUAUGGAACUGUAUAAGAAGGUAAACCUAAUUCGUCAAGAAAACACGGAACUGAAGAAGAAGGUCUAUGGAACAAGAAAUGGGAGUGGAACAGACAGAAACUCUGUUAUAACAAAUGGUAUAAGCAUAGAGGAAGACUUGCAGGUUCCUGUGAAUCUCCAGCUAAGCCAACCACAGCAACAGAACUAUGAGGCCACGUCAGGAGCCACAAAGUUGGGCAGAUUGUAGCUACACUGAUGCAUCUACAAAAGAUGAAUGUUUCUUGAUAGCAAUCAAGAAGAUGAUCUCAGCUUUGAAUUUUAUGUUUUCUCUAUCAAUAGACAAUCAAUGUUUGUUUUUCUAUCAAGUAAAGCACUAUUGCAUGUGUGAGUGAGAAACAAGAAGAGCAACAUCUUAUGUAAAGUCAACAUUUAAUAAGGUAAGAAAUUCUACAUACAAAACAUAUAUGUGCAAUUCUUUUUUACUUUGUUU